AUGGCAAGAAUAGACGAUGUGAAAUCAGGGGCCGACCAUGUCGAAGCAAUCUCCGAUGAGGUGCACGCCCACCUGCGCGUCGCAGCCGAGGAAGAACUAGGCAAAGGACAAAGUGUGUGGAAAGUCCUGAUUCAGAAUCCACGCGCCUUCUCGGUGGUCGUCGUUGUGCUGGCGACCGCAAUUCUCCAAGGCGCGGAGCUGAGCAUGUCUGGCAGUAUGCUGGGCUCCCAGGCCUUCUGCAAGGUGAUGGGCGCCUGGGAUGAGACCUCUCAGGCAUAUGUCGUCGCGGCUGGACACGUUUCUGCUUGGAAUGCAGGUGCUACACCUAGCCAGUUCUUUGGAUAUUAUAUGGCUGGAAUCCUCAGCGACAGGUACGGCCGCAAGAUGGUGAUAAUCGGGUCUAUGGGCCUGAUUGUUAUCGGUGCCAUCAUUGAGACCGAGUCAAUCAACUGGAAGAUCUGGCUGCUCUCCAAAGUCGUCAUGGGAAUCGCCACUGGAUCCAUAAUGGCGUCGUCUGCAACAUAUGUCGCCGAAGUCAGUCCCCGUGAGCUUCGUGGUGGCUGUUUGAUCGGUUAUCAAUUCUUCACUAAUCUUGGCAAUCUCGUCGCUGCUAUCGCCCUUGAUCUAUCUGCCAAAACCUGGUCCGACCCAUCCAAUCCUCUCCAAUGGAAGAUUCCCCUGUAUAUCAUGAUUGCCCUGCCAGUCGUCAUGUCUGCCGCCGCCUUUGUGAUGCUCGUCGAGUCUCCGUCCUGGCUCGUGAUCAAGAAUCGACUCCCCGAUGCUAUGAAAUCGUUGCAAUGGAUCUAUCCCUGGAUGACGACGGAUGAUCUGGAGCUCGAGCUCGCCAAGCUCCAGUAUACCGUUGACAAGGAACGGAUGGAAAAUGAAGCCAACCGAGGGGAAAGCUGGCUUGCUUGUCUGCAAGGGAGCAAUCUCCGCCGGACUGGCGUGGCCAUGAUCCCAGCCCUAGCAUGGGUCCUGGCUGGUAAUGUGGUGUUGAUCCUCAGCGCCUACUUCUUCUCCCUGGCCGGCGAGAGUAACGCGCUGCAGUCCACGGUGAUUGUCCAGUGCACUGGCAUUGCCGUCAAUCUGUUUGCGGCUAUCUUGGUAGAAAACCAACGCAUCGGCCGCUGGUUGAUCCUGGUGGUCGGCCUGUUUAUCCAGACCGGGGGGAUGUUUAUGAUCGGGGCUGUGGGCGCUCGCUGGGGGUCAACAAUUGCCGGGAAUGCGGUUGCAGGGAAUCUGGUCAUCGCUGGCGUCGUUAUCUCCAACAUUGGCUGCCAGCUGGGUCCACAGGCAGUCAGCUUUCUGUAUGCCUCGGAGUCUGGCAGCAGCCGCUUACGGGCUAAAACCACCUCGAUCAGCAUGUCAAUUGGCAGUCUGGUCGGCCAAUGCACCAGUAUCCUUUUCCCCUUUAUCCUGGAGGACUGGGGCACCCAGGUGGGCUUCUUCUUCGGUGGCUUUGGUGCCUUGUUUCUCAUCAUCUGUCUUGUCUGGGUGCCGGACUAUACGGGGCGUUCUCACGCGCAGAUUGAUGAGCUCUAUGCCCGCAAGAUCCCUGCCAGGAAGUUUGCCUCGACUGAUUGUACGGGCAACUAUGGAAGCAAUGUGCUACAUGACGAGGUUUCCGCAACUGAGCCAUAG